AUGGUUCUUGUUCACAUUGUUCUGUUCAAAUUCCGCGCGGACAUCGGAGACGAAGUGCAGCAGGAGUUCCUUUCCCAAAUUAAAACGCUCAAGUCCUUGUCCUGUGUUAAAAGCCAAAGGCUUGUGGUUGGAGGUCCCUCAAUUACAACCCCAAUUGAAAAGAGCAAAGGAUUUCAAUACGCUCUAGUGAGCUACCACGAGGAUCGAGCAGCAUUGGCUGAGUAUCAAGCUAGCAGCGAGCACGAAAGGGUUACCAGCACAUACUUUAUUCCUUACAAGGAGGAUCUGGUUCGGUUUGACUUUGAGACCGAUCAAGUCGACGAGGCACUGCUUGGGUUUUGA